AUGGCAGGCGGAGGCAUGUACACCAAGAUGACGUCCGCGGGCUCGUCGCUCAUCUCGAACCCGCGCACGAUAUCGAAGGAGCUCGAGGCCAAGAUCUCAGCGGCCAUUGCGGGCGUGAUCACGUCCAGCGACAUGUCGAAGCUGACCACGAAGCUCGUGCGGCAGGCGGUGGAGAAGGAGGUGCACGUUAGUCUCGCGACCCAUAAAGACGUACUGAAGCGGCUGAUGCACCAGGAACUGCGCAAGCUCAAGGCCAAGAAAGUGGCCAAGCGAGUGGACCCACCGGAGCCGUGGAAGAUGGCGAUGCGACGCGAGAGCAUUGUCAAGGGCCUCCGUCGCGUGUACCAGAUGCAGCGUGAAGACCCGUUGAGUUUUCCCGACUGGGGACUGCACGCGAUUCAGUCUCUUUACAAUCUCCAGGCAGUGGAAAAAGGAGAAGUGCAGCGACUGGCGACGCUCUACGCGCGACUGCUGGGUGCUCUGUGGCUUGGAGAAGACCGCCACACAGACUGGACGCCAGGCUCGAUCCCCACGCCCACACAGCUUGUCCAGGCGAUUCGAGCUGUGUAUAUUGUGGAGCGCCUUGGCAUCGCUCAUGCGCGGCGUGUCGAGCUCUUGGACUUUUGUGAUCGAUCGCCUGCUUUCUAUGGUCCCAAGGAGCUGCUCGGGUGGAAUCCAGCCGAGGAGCCGCCAUCGAGGAACAACCACAGCGGAGUCUCCGUAUACGAGCAACUGGCGAGAGCGCUGGUUUUGUGGCAUCACACACACGAGCUCGGGAUCCAGAUUGGCUUCAUCUUGCCGCAGUUGCUUCAGCAUCUGUUGUCAGUUUAUCCGUACAAAGGACCGAGUGACCUGUCACCUCAAGAUUAUGCCGACCAAGUGCGCUUUGUCACUACGCUGGUGUUUGUGCUGACAAACCAUGGCAAGCUACGCUGCGAGACGGACCUACUGCCUCACGAGUACUUCUUCUUGCGUCACCAUGUUGUAUAUCACCUCGCGCAACAAGACGUGAAUCUACUCGGGGAGACUUUGCGGGCUUUACGCUGCUUCGAAGGCUCAAACAAUCUUGUCCAGGUGCGUCGAGGAAUGGCUUUCUUGUUGCUGACUCAACAAGAGGAUGGCUCGUGGACGACUGAAUCGGCUCAACAUGACGCCGAACUGCAAUAUUUUUCCACUGUACAAGCGCUGUGGGCAUUGUGUGAGCCUCGGCGGAUGGGAUUUGCACCAGCUUUCCCGGAGGCCACCCCAAUGUUGGAGCUACAUCUGAAUGCGGACAUCGGGGACACUGACGCAUUUUCCACGGGGCCGUCGAAUGCCACUGCAAGCGAUACCAAGGAUAGAAGCAUCGAUUCCGAGGUAGCAGCAGCAACCGCAGCAGCCCCAGCUGAAAUAGAAGACGUAGCAACACGCGUCGGCUUUCUGCAAGGUUUACUGGAUCAGAACGGCGACACGAAGAGCAUCUCCGCCGCACUGGCCACACACGUUUUGAGCACGCUUGCAGGCAUGGUGCUCACUGUCGAUAUCCUGAAGAGCACGGGUGUUGGGCGCACGAUUAACAAACUGCGCAAGCAUGCCGCGCCCUCCGUGGCUAAGACGGCUACGCAGCUUGUGGCGAGAUGGAAGAAGGACUUGCUGUAG